AGCAAAUUGCUUAACAUAUUUUGGUUUAUUAUUUGAUGCAUCAGAGAGGUAGAAUUAGUAAUUGUAAAUCAAGGUCCUUUUCUAGAUCUCGCCUUGCUGUUGAAGGCUGUUAAUUGAAACAUCCAUUUCUGCAAAUUGAAACAUCACUAGCUUCUAUCAAAUAUAUAUAUGGCUCCAGAGGUAGGAAAAGAACGUGAGAUUCAAAAGAAUUAUUGGAUGGAGCAAACUGCUGAACUCAAUUUGGAGGCAAUGAUGCUUGAUUCUGAAGCAUCAGAUCUUGAUAAACAGGAUAGGCCUGAGGUGCUUUCACUGCUUCCAUCGUAUGAAGGGAAAUCGGUGUUGGAAUUGGGUGCUGGUAUUGGCCGUUUCACAGGGGACUUAGCCGAGAAGGCUGGGGAGCUUGUAGCAGUGGACUUUAUUGAAGAAGUGAUUAAGAAGAAUGAGAGCAUCAACGGGCACCACAAGAAUGUCAAGUUUAUGUGUGCUGAUGUGACUUUACCAGAUUUGACCUUUUUACCUGAAUCGAUGGAUUUGAUAUUUUCUAACUGGCUACUGAUGUAUCUUUCUGACGAAGAGGUUCAGGACCUUGCGGAGAGAAUGGUCAAAUGGUUGAAAGUUGGUGGCUAUAUAUUUUUUAGAGAGACAUGCUUUCAUCAAUCAGGAGAUCACAAGGGAAAGAACAAUUCAAUCCACUAUCGAGAGCCUAGAUUUUAUACAAAGGUUUUCCAAGAAUGUAAUUUAAAGGAUGAUGCUGGAAAAUCAUAUGAACUUUCUCUCAUCGGUUACAAGUGCAUUGAAACUUAUGUAAAAAACAAAUGGAAUCAAAAUGAGAUUUGCUGGAUAUGGCAGAAGGUUCGUUCUGAGGAUGACAGGGGAUUCCAGCAUUUCUUGGACACUAUUCAGUACAAGUCUAAUGGCAUACUGCGAUAUGAACGUGUCUUCGGGCCAGGCUUUGUGAGCACAGGAGGAAUUGACACCACCAAAGAAUUCGUUGCCAUGUUGGAUCUUCAGCCUGGCGAAAAAGUCCUUGAUGUUGGUUGUGGUAUCGGCGGAGGUGACUUUUACAUGGCUGAGAAGUAUGAUGUUCAUGUUGUCGGCAUUGAUCUCUCAGUUAACAUGAUCUCAUUGGCUUUUGAACGUGCUAUUGGUCGCAAAUGUGCGGUUGAAUUUGAGGUUGCUGAUUGCACAGUGAAAACAUAUCCUGAAGGAUCAUUCGAUGUGAUAUACAGCCGGGACACUAUCCUUCACAUCCAGGACAAACCUGCAUUAUUCAGAUCUUUCUAUAAGUGGCUGAAGCCUGGAGGCAGAGUCCUCAUAAGUGAUUAUUGUAAAAAGGCAGGACCAGCAUCCGAAGAAUUUGCAGGUUAUAUCAAACAAAGAAGUUACGAUUUACAUGAUGUUGAAGCAUAUGGACAGAUGCUCAGAGAUGCUGGUUUCAACGAAGUUAUUGCUGAGGAUCGAACUGAACAGUUCAUGGAAGUUCUCCAGAAAGAGUUAGAUACUGUCGAGAAUGAAAGAGAGUCAUUUAUCCAGGAAUUUUCUGAACAAGACUACAAUGAUAUAGUUGGAGGUUGGAAGGCCAAGCUAAUCAGGAGUUCAUCUGGUGAGCAAACAUGGGGUUUGUUCUUUGCCAAGAAAAAUUGAUUUGUGUUCAUUGUUGAGUUGUUUGAUUGAAGCUAAUAAAAAUCAUUUAAGUUAGAUGUUGUAAUGAUUCCUACACUCGAGAUCCCACUUGUGGGAUUAUCUGGGUAUGUUGUUGUAAUGAUUAAUAUAUUGUCAGUUUAACUUAAUCUGGGAGUUACUUUAAAUUGUAUUAGAGAUUAAUAAUACCAUCAUUCAUGCCUUU